GCGCAUGCGCGGCGGGCGCUGCGCUGGCCGGCGGGGUUGGGGCGAGCGCUGGGGCUGCCGCGGGCGGGGAGCGGGAGCGCGGGGAGCGGGAGCAGGAGCGCGGGGAGCCGGAGCCGCGAGCCAGAGCCGGCAGCCGCCGCCGCCGCAGCCGGCCGGAGCAGCAAAACAGAGGAUGCCUGCCGCCCGCUCGCCGUUUCUCUGCGCGCCCGCCAUCUCCACGUCCUCAUGAAUUAGGGCUGCGCGGUGGGGGUGGGGGACGGCAGCGAGCGUCCCGGCGGAACCGGCGACCCAGGCAUGGCCGGCUCGUGUGCCGUCCAGGUGAAGCUGGAGCUGGGACACCGGGCCCAGGUCAGGAAGAAACCCACCGUGGAGGGCUUCACCCACGACUGGAUGGUGUUUGUCAGAGGGCCUGAGCACAGCAACAUUCAGCACUUUGUGGAGAAAGUCAUCUUUCACCUGCACGAGAGCUUCCCCAGGCCGAAAAGAGUGUGCAAGGACCCACCCUACAAAGUUGAAGAAUCUGGAUAUGCUGGUUUCAUUUUACCAAUUGAGGUUUACUUCAAAAACAAGGAAGAACCUAAGAAAGUUCGAUUUGACUAUGACUUAUUCCUGCACCUUGAAGGCCACCCACCUGUAAAUCACCUCCGCUGUGAAAAGCUCACAUUCAACAACCCGACAGAGGAAUUCAGAAGAAAGCUGCUAAAGGCAGGAGGGAUGAUGGUAAUGUCAGAUGGCACAUCGUUUUCUUCAGGGCAGAGCCUUCAUCUCCCCAGCCUUCCCACUAACUAUCUGUCUUUUUCUGAAGUGAAGAAGAAAUCAUCUCAUGGGCCAAAGGACCCAGCUAGGAUUCUGAACAUAAAUAGCAGCAGCAGUACUAACAGUUUUUCAAAGACCCAGAAGUUAACAAAGGAGCACAAAGAAAAAAUUUCUAAAGACUCAAAAGAACAAAAAAGUGCCUUCAAAGAACCUUCCAGGGAACAUAACAAAUCUUCCAAAGAAUCCUCUAAGAAACCCAAAGAAAACAAACCACUAAAAGAUGAAAAAAUGGUUCCCAAAAUGGCCUUCAAGGAACCCAAACCCAUGUCCAAGGAACCAAAAUCUGAAAACACCCCCAUCCUAACCAUAACGUGUGGACAGCAGCAAGAAAAGAAGACUCUCACAAAAAGGCCCUCUGUGCUGGACACUGAUGAAUCUUCUGCAAGAAAAAGAAAAAAACCCAGCUCAGAUUCAUUAUUUAAAAGUUUUCCUAGUGCCCCACCACUGAUUCUUACUUGUUCAGCUGACAAAAAACAGACAAAAGAUAAGCCUCAACUCAAGGUGGGGAGAGUCAAAAUUGAAAAUGAUGCACUGGAAAGGAAGACGCCUACUUUGCCACCAUUUGAUGAUAUUGUAGAUCCCAGUGAUUCUGACAUGGAGGAAAAUGUCUCCUCCAAAUCUGACUCUGAACAGCCCAGUCCUGCCAGUUCCAGCUCCAGUUCCAGUUCCAGUUUUACACCAUCUCAAAACAACAGACAACAAGGUCCCUUGAGGACUAUAAUGAAAGAUCUGCAUUCAGAUGAUAAUGAAGAUGAAUCAGAUGAAGCAGAUGAGAAGGACAAUGACUCUGAGUUGGAACAACCUGUAAAUACACGAGGAGGAAGCAGGAGUCGCAGGGUUAGUCUGAGUGAUGGCAGCGAUAGUGAUAGCAGCUCAGCUUCCUCACCGCUGCGUCAUGACCCAGCACCACCUGUACUGAAAACCAGCAACAGCCAGAUUUUAGAAGUGAAAAGUCCAAUAAAGCAAAACAAAACAGAUAAACAAAUGAAGAAUGGGGAUUGUGAUAAGGCAUAUCUUGAUGAAUUAGUAGAGCUCCACAGAAGAUUAAUGACAUUGAGAGAGAGACAUGUACUGCAGCAGAUAGUAAAUCUUAUAGAAGAAACUGGACACUUUCAUAUCACAAAUACAACCUUUGACUUUGAUCUUUGUUCACUGGACAAAACUACAGUCCGUAAACUACAGAGUUAUCUGGAAACAUCUGGAACCUCCUGAGGAUUCAGCAUAUAGCUGCAUUGAAAACUGUUCUUUAAAUGACAUACACAGAAUCAUGCGACCAAAAUGGAGGGGAAAAAAAUGAAAACCUCUUCAUCUUUUAUUUUUCCUUCAAGCCAGUCUCUUGAUGAGGGAGAGAAAAAGUGACCAGACUCAGAGGACCACUCUUCUCAAGAAGAAAAUGCUCUGGAAGUUUGCCUGGAUAGCCUUGAAAAACACAGAAAAACAAACAAAAAUAUUUGUUCUUAAUGAAUGUGUAUGAUAUCAUGUAUCUCUCUCUGUGGUGUUCAAGUCCACAAGAUGAAUGCAUGUUCAACACACUGCCUUACUACAUAACUGAUCUAUUUAUUAUUGCAUACAUGUAUCCUAAAGUCAGUGAGUCACUGAGUGACGCUACCAGCUAUUGCAAGUAGUGGGGUCCCUUUUGUGCUCUUUUGAUGCAGUACUUUCACAAGCCUAGUAACCUUAUUCAUAUUAAAAUGCCACUUCUUGCUAUCUUUCUUUAGUCAAUUGAAACACUACAAUCUUGAUUCCACCUCUGCAGUUCCAGGAGACAAGAUACAAACUUAGCCACCAAGCAGUGGUCCUAUAUUUCAUUUCCUGUCUACCACAGUGGCUUGGACCACAGAAAGCUGGACUGCAGGUCCUUGAUUCUAUCCACUUAUUGGUAUUGACCAUGGUUAAAGAGUGCACCACAUAGGUUCGUAUGACUUGCUGUCUAGCCUCAGUGAAUAAACCAAUAAGACUUUCAACAAAAAAUGUUAUGUAUACUGUCCUGAAUCUGGCAACUCUUGCAGUCUACAUUCUUGUGUCCAUUUAAAUGUUGCAAAAUUAAAUAUAUAUUAGAGUGGAGGUGUUCUGCAGGAGCUCAAGAUAAAAGUACUUGUCCUGUCUUUAAAGAAAAUGUUGUAGAAAAUUCUUAAUUUGGAGCUAUUUAUUACUUCAAGUUUCAACACUCUUCUGCUGCCAGUGUGUGACUCACUUCUACCAUAAAACUUUUUGCAUAUCAUUUUUGUUCGUUCAUAUAGUAGAUGAUCUGCUUAGUUUGUUUUGGGGAUUUUUUUCUCAUUUAGUUUGUUUUUUUACAACUGCUAAAUUAAAACCUUUUAUUUUAAAAGAAAAAAAUGUUGUUAUACAGUUAAAUAAAUACAUGGAAUAAAUACAUGUAUGAUAUCAUCUGUAUGUGUGUGUCUAUAUAUACACCUGUAUACCACACCUGUAUAUAUACAUAUAAAUAUAUAUAUAUACACACACACAUACAUGCACAUAUGCUUUUUAAAGUUUCCAGAUUUUGGUAUCUGUUUGAUGACCUUACUGUGUUUCCAGAAGAAUUUCUUGUCUAUAAAAAUGAGUAUUCUUUCAUACCAUCCAUUAUUUCUUAAAAUCAGGACCCUGGUUUAUGCAUGAUCAAAGAUCAAGAGGAUGUGUACUUGGUUUCACAUCAAUGCUUCAUGUUCUCAUAUUGCUAAUGGUUUCUUGAUGAAAUCAUUACCUUUAUAUUAAAAAUCCAAAUUCCUAAAUGAAAAGAGAAAAUAAUAAUUUUAAAAAUACUUCUGGAUUCAAAGGUUUAUUCAGGUUUACCAGACUAAAAAAUGUAUCUUGUUGCUAGACAGGCCAGUAUGUCAUGUGUAUGCUUAUACGCCACAUGUAGUCUCUAUGUGUAGAGCUAAACAGUAGUAUCUCUAUGACUUACUGUUUCAUGUGCACAGUUUGUGCAGCACUGAAAAACUAUUGGGGUUAUUUCUUAUUCAGAUGGUAAAUCUUAAUACUGUUUCUUUAAGUCCAAAGAAAAUUUUACACUUUACUCUUUUUUGAAAGGGCACGAUACAUAUUGGGUUGGGGGGCUUUUUUCUUAUUUAAAAUGUUUGAUCAUACUCCGCAGGAAGUCCUCCUUAGGCUUCUGAAGAAUAAGUGUACUUUUUCAGUAAUGUUAUGAUUCUUAUUGAUGAUUGGCAUGAAGCAUACUUGAAGCGUUAUGUUGUUCUUUUAAGUCCGUGUCUUAAUGUGCAAUUGGGGAGGGGAUGGAGGAGUGGGAGUGUAAUGUUAACUUUACUAUUGACAGAAGGCAGGUGGCGAUGGGGAAGGGAAGAGGGGUGCAUGUAAAGGGGAUAAACUUCAAUUUUUAUUGAUUGUUUUAUAUAAAAAUGUUUGGUAAUCUAAAAGCAACCUUUAAAACCUUUGGUCUACAAAUGUGUGUUCAACUUUCCUGUCUGUUAGUUAUACCAGAUGUAUAUGGAAAUUUUUCCAUUUAGACUUUUCUAGCUAAGUCUUGUGAUAAAGACUCACUGAGUUUCAGAAGGGGAUACUUCUAGUACGACUAUUGCACUGUUUUUUUAGAAAUGGUGAAAUGAAUCAUUUUACCCUUAAAAUACCAGAUAAGCUUUAUUGUACACUGAGAACAGGGGUGGAGGAAAAGAGAAACUAGGUGAAUAGGCAUAAAAGGGAGAUGAUAUCAAUUACAGUAUCAGAUCAGUGCUGAAUUUAAUGUAAACUGUGGAUGAACCUUAAACUCUUGAAUUUUCUAAUUCAGUGAGAGAGAGAAAAUAGACUUGCUGUCAAUGUGUGUGUUGACUUUUUCACAAAACUCCGAUAGAAAUAGAGUGACUAAGUUUUGAUCUAAAUUUUAAAGUUUGCUAUUUUAAUCUAAUUUUUUAUACAGAAACAAAAUAAAUCUAUGUUCACCUAAUUUCAGACAUUCAUAUUUCUCUUAAAGGAAAAGCAAGAAGAUACCCGUCCAAGUCUUUAACAUCUAUGAGUACUGAUCUUUGGGAUGGGUUAAAGUGUUUUGGCAACAAAUGUUUUGAAGUUUUACUUAACAUAAACAUAUGUUUAUGUUAACUGUUUAAAACAGUUAUAUGAGAGAAUGAGUUAUAUGAGAGAAUUUGGAUGAGACAGACAGAGAUUAGCAGUAAAUUCCAAUAUUUAGAGUAAUUCUCAGCAUGAGUCACUGUUUCUAGAACAGUAGUUGUAGCAAAGACAGUUUUCUCACUAGUAACUUUCCUCCUCAGAAAGUGGAUGUCCAAUUGGGUAGACAAUUUUUUUAAUUUAAUUUUUAAUAUUUUUACAAGUUCUAAUCAGCUGAGAGGCUUUACAAAACUUUCAGUAUCAUCUAAAUUUGAAGGACAUCUUAGUCCAUGCUAAAGAAAAAGAGCUAGAAAGGAAGAAGGGGGGGUCUUCUUUCCUCCUCUGAAAGUGAAGAGAGUCUUCUGAAGUAAAACUAAGCCAGUGCUCAGUCUUCAGCCUUUGGACUGUAAGAAAUGAUUUAUCAUUACUCUCUCUCUUCAUUGGUUUGGUGUUUUUAGGAAAAGUCUAUGCUUUCAAUUUCAGAAACAAAAUGCACACAGUACAGUGCAUUUGGAGAGCCCAGUAUAUUUCUAUUAAAGUUUCUUUUAGUCUCUGGGAAGGAAAUUACAAAUUCUUGGGUUUUGCCUGACCCAUUGUUCUUCUUUCCCAUUCUCACAGUGAAAUAAAGUACUUUCACAAUCUAGUUUGAGUCCUUGGUCCUUACUUGGUAUAAUCUAUAAAUCUAGAAGCUGUAUCCCCAAGUGUUUUGGGGUCUCUUGAAUGACCCAUUGAUUUUAAGUCCUGUCACUUAGUUUGCAGAAUUGAUGGGAAUGCUGUAGAAUUGUUUGAAGUGAAAACCACUUCUUUCAUUUGGUUUUCUUGUGUGCAUUAUUUAAUUCCAGACGCUGCUCUGAUGGGAGG